GACCAUGGGUCACUAGGAAUAGCAGCAUAGAUAGUGGAGAAACAGAAGUUGGCCGCAGGGUCACGCAAGAAGUGCCCCCAGGAGUUUUCUGGCGCUCUCAGAUCCAUGUCAGCCAGCCACAGUUCCUGAAGUUCAACAUAUCCUUAGGCAAGGAUGCCCUUUUUGGUGUUUAUAUAAGAAGAGGACUCCCACCAUCACAUGCCCAGUAUGAUUUCAUGGAACGCUUGGAUGGGAAAGAGAAAUGGAGUGUGGUGGAGUCCCCACGGGAACGACGGAGUAUUCAGACCCUUGUUCAGAAUGAGGCUGUGUUUGUUCAGUACUUGGAUGUGGGUUUGUGGCACCUGGCAUUUUACAAUGAUGGCAAGGACAAAGAAGUGGUCUCUUUCAGUACAGUUAUUUUGGACUCAGUGCAAGACUGCCCACGGAAUUGUCAUGGGAAUGGCGAGUGUGUAUCCGGUGUCUGCCACUGUUUCCCAGGAUUUCACGGAGCAGAUUGUGCUAAAGCUGCCUGCCCAGUUCUGUGCAGUGGCAAUGGUCAAUACUCUAAAGGCACCUGUUUAUGCUACAGUGGCUGGAAAGGUCCAGAAUGUGAUGUACCCAUCAGCCAGUGUAUUGAUCCCUCAUGCGGAGGUCAUGGUUCCUGCAUCGAAGGGAACUGUGUCUGCUCUGUUGGCUAUAAAGGGGAAAACUGUGAAGAAGUUGAUUGCUUAGAUCCAACGUGCUCCAACCACGGAGUCUGUGUGAAUGGAGAGUGUCUCUGCAGCCCGGGUUGGGGUGGAAUUAAUUGUGAGCUUCCCAGAGCCCAGUGUCCAGACCAAUGCAGUGGGCACGGUACCUACCUGUCUGACACGGGUCUUUGUAGCUGUGAUCCCAACUGGAUGGGUCCUGACUGCUCCGUUGAAGUGUGCUCCGUGGACUGUGGCACCCACGGGGUGUGCAUUGGCGGAGCAUGUCGCUGUGAAGAAGGGUGGACAGGAGUGGCCUGUGACCAGCGUGUGUGUCAUCCCCGUUGCACGGAGCACGGAACUUGUAAAGAUGGGAAAUGUGAAUGCAGAGAGGGCUGGAAUGGGGAGCACUGCACCAUUGGUAGGCAAACGACAGGCACCGAAACAGGCACAUAUUGCUUUCUUUUCAUAAAUCGUAGAAACAUAGUUACUGUUGUGUACUGUAAUAGGCUGUUCCUUUAA